AAAAAAGCAGUUUAUACUUUUGGUUAGAGUUCAUUGCUUAUCUGCUUGUUUCUAGAUUAUAUACCAAACUUUGCCAUUAUGAAAAGCGCCUGAAGAUUAAUAAUUUUCUAGAUCAUUUUUAUAUUUUCUGUUUAUUUUUUUUGAAGCAAGGUAAAUAUUUUGUGACCAAGUGACCUCUGCCAAAUUAGCAAAGUGACAAAUAACUAACACAUAGAUUCUUCGUCUCUUUAUUUGUAAUAUUUGUUUCUGUACACAUCGAUUUUAUUCAGACUGGAGUUUUAUAGUUUUAAAAAAUUACAGAAGUUUUAGCUAAAUCUGUGGACAGUGAAGAAAAUUCUUAACUUGAUUUUAGCGAUAUUUUCAUAAAAGCAAAACCAUGACGCAGAGCUAUGACUUCGAUGUCAUUCUGGUGACCUCCACUGUGCCGAUUCCCCGGAAUUCGGCUGGUUUUAGCGAAGGUGGAGGAGCCAUCUACUCAGUGCGGUUGUUCGAGGACUUUGAGGAAUUGUCCUUGGAACGGCUGUUCGUGGAUCAGUUUCCCCCAGAUAAGUUGGGUGGCUUUACGGCCAGUCCCUGCGAGGUGAUCGGUUCGCUGACCUCCAGGGGCAUAGGUGUAACCCUCAAGGAGAACGAUGAGCUGAUAGGAUCCGGAACGGGCAUGCUGAGCUCCUCCAUUCUGCGACAGCUAACAGAUCCCUCCUUCUCGGUUACCCAACAAAUUUUGGUGGAGCUCACCAAAGGCAAGAACAAAGUUGGUGAGGUGGAGCUUCUCUUGAAAAUCAGUGCCGAUUCUCCGGACAUCAACCGCGGCCUGAUUCCAUUUGGAUGCUACGACGUGUGCAAGCCUGUGGACCAUUCGAUCAACAAAAGGGACAUUAUCUUCACCCUGGGACGAUCUGGAAAGUGUCCCACCAAUUCCUGCAUCACGGAUGAGCGCCUGAUGUCGCAUGCCGGGGCACCCUUCCAAUGUCCCCAUGUGGCGGCCGAGAUGGAGGAUAAUAUAGGUGGUGCAACCACCAGAUGUGGCUGCUACCAGGCGGGGAUGCAGGUGCCACAGGACGACAAGGAGGCGAAGAAGCGGGAUCGGGCUGCCCUCAAAAAGCUGAUUGAUGAACUGGGUCUGGACCAAAUCAAGGUGCCCAAUGCGCCGUGUUCGCAUGAGAAGUCUCGUCGCUGGCAUUGUCAGUGCGGGUUACCUGGUCCUAUUACCGACACCUCCUCCUGUGACAUCAAUGAGUUCGAGGCGGAGAAGCAUCCGAGAAAGCGAAAGGCGUUAUCCUUGACCGCCUCUCGGGAGCGACAGGCACGUCGCAGGAUUAUGGGCUCAUGUCCUGUGAAAGAACCUGAACUCACACAUCAGGCCUAUAAGCCACCGGUGCUCUGCCAGCUUUGCCAAUCGGACAUCAGUUGGCUGCCCAAGAUCUCGGCUUGUCCCUACUGCGGCUAUAAGACCUUCGAGGACAUACAUGCCAGUGAGGAGCCCUAUGAUCUUACGGCCACAGCGCAGCAGCUUUUGAGGGACUCGCUGCGCAAGGAGCCCUGUGUACUGGCUUCCUCUGACUCUUCAGGCGAAGAUGAUGAGGCAGCGGGCGACAGGGCGAGGAAACACCGAGUCACCGAUGAUCCCAAUGUUCCCAAGCAAUGUGGCUGCCUGGGCGGCCAGCCCUGCACCCGCUGUCGCAUCCGCAAACUCUGCGAGAAUUUCUUCCAGGACAACGAAAACAAGGUGCAGCCUCUGCCACAGGCCCACAAUGAACGGGCAUCCGUGACCAAGACCAAGUUUUCGCCGGAACAAAAUCAGCUCGGGAAGAGCAACUCGGAUACAUCACAGCGUCGUGCCCAACUGAUCUCCAUCUUCACGGAGAUGCGUAACAUGUAUGGCAAGCAGAAGGGAGCCGAUGAGGCGGAUGCAGUGGCUCAGGAGCUGCACAAGGAAUGUGAAGCCGCCUGCCGGAAUACCAAAACAACCAAGGCCCGCAGAAGGGCCAGGAAAACACUGCAGAAGGCUCUAAAUGAGAUUGACAAGGCCUAUCCCACGCCACCCAAAGUGCGAGCCAAAAGGAAGGCCAUUCACCACAAGAAGUCCAAAUGCUACACCUUUUUGAACCUCAAGAAGCAGCCCAAGGACUCUCGCAUAGGACACCUUGACUGCAUCUCGGACAGCAAAUACACGGGCUAUUGUAAGAUCCCCAGCCACAUGGGUUGGAUGUGGACCAAGAGCGAGUUGGCGCGCCACAAGUCCUGGCGUCCGGGAGCCAUUGCCCGUCCCAUUCGGCAACUGAUGACCUAUUUCCUCAGGGACUAUCCAGUGGACAAUCUCUGCCUGUCGCGUUACCACUACCGCCGUCGCAAGUGCCGCAAGAGCAAGGAGGAGGAGGAGCCCUUGGUGCAGCAUCCCACACUGCACAUAAGUCGCAAGGGUGAUGAGUACAUCAUCACACUGCGUCCCUUGAAGGACCCCAAAAGCCUGGCCUCCAGUGCCAAUCCCUAUGCGAGCAUGAAGCCCGUCGUCUUCCGCAUCACCAAAGAUCCCGUGGCGGCAGGACUUCGCCAGAUACGAGUGGCCCUGCAGGACAAGGGAUUCGCCCCUUGCACUUGUCGCCGUCCGGUGGCCAGUUGCUUCUGCCGGAGUCACAACGACAAGAAGCGCCUUCAGUACGAGUUGGAGAACCUGUGUCGCCAGCGGGGAUGGCCCAAUAACUCCGAUUCCUUUGUUUACUCCCCGUAUAGUGAGGAUGAUGACAGUGAUCGGGAGUACGAGUUUGGGGUCACUCCUCCCGCGGGGGUCAUUAAACCGGAGCGUCUGAGGAAACCGGACACUGCGCAUGUGGAGACCCAGUAUGUGGACCACGACUGGGCCGCACCCACCAUGUAUCCGCAUCCGGCCAACAUGCUCGUCCAGUACGGCGCCUGUGUGAUGGGCGAGCGCAAAAAGAAGUUCCCCUGGCUCUACGGGAAGGGCAAUAUCCAUGCCCCUCCGCCGAAGCCCCUGAUGAAGAAUCCGCCCAAGAAGAAGCCGCGCAAGAAGCUGCCAUUCCGCAGCGUUGGCGGCCUCGACAAUCCACGUCGCUUCGAUGAUCCCACGCCGCUGAACAGGCCCUGGCACCGGUCCAGCUCCCCGGGUUACGUGCAGAUGUACUUUCCGGUCAGGAUGGCGACUUUAGAUUGCAGGCCGGCGCCGCCGGAAAAGAAGGAGAAACCUGUGGAGGAGCUGAUGGACUGGGAUAACUACUACAAGCAUCGCGGGAUGAUCAGCACCCGACUGGCCAGUUGCAAGGCGGACUACAUGCACUGCUCCACUUACCAGGAGAAAGGCAACAGCCAGGAAAAGGACAAAAAGGACAAGGGAAAGAACGCGUGCUGCUGUUCCUCGUGUCCGGUUCAAAAUCGGAAUGAGGUCUACCAGCCCAGGUGCCCGGCUCCUGGUCAGAAGGGCAAACCGAACAGGGACUAUAUGCGCUGUUUUGCCGCCAAGCUCAUCGUCCAGAGACUCGAUUUGCCUGGCAGGGAUUUCGAGUGCCGAGAUCAGUUGCAAGUCAAGGCUAAUGUGUGCCGUAAAUGCAAGAUUUGCCUGGACGACAGUCGCAUCAAUGUCAACUGUCUUCCUUUAAAUCCUGACAAGACCUUCCAAAUGGAACCCGAGUUUUUGCAGCGACAGCUAGCCGAGGGCAUUACCAUAUCCGUGAUCUACUUGCGCAAGGAGAUCGCCCGAGGCUGCUACUUCCCACCUGCGGCGGUGGUCAACCGCAUGAUCAACGAGCUCACCGAGAUCGUGCACGAUGCCAAUGUGGAGCUGACCUGCAAGGGCUGCACCGUCGGCCUCAUCAACAUCCGCUUCGCGAUGCAGAUGCGCUGCCAGACGAUCAAAGAAGUUGCGGACGGACGUUUGGCGGGCGGCCAGGAGCGAGGAUGUUGCUCCGGGGGUAGGAGGAAAAAGGGGACCAGCUGCAUGGACAUGAAUGUGGAUCCGCAGGACAUCUCGUACAUGUCGGGUGGCAAUUACUCCACCUCUUCCAUUGACCCCUGCGUCGGUUUUAUGCCCAGCGAUAUGGAUGAGCCCACGCCCACGGCCACGGAGUGUCCCUCUGGCUGCGAGGAUAGGGGUCAGGAUUUCGCCGGAUGUCAGGAUCCACCUCCUCGACUGGUGGACAUGGCGGGACCUUAUCCCGUUUACUCCUGUCCCAAUGUGGACGACUGUUGUGUGACCUUUGAACCUCCGGCAGCACCUGCCGCUCAGUUCUCCGCCUGCCAAAGGAACGUACUGGGCGAGGGGAACACCAACCGACUGUGCCAACAGCAUUCCUUCCCGAAACUGCGACAGAUGCACAUCAGCAACACCCGAUCCUGUGCCCUCUGCGGCGAGGACGUCUCCUGGCUGCCCAAAGUGGCCGCCUGUCCUUGCUGUGGCUACAAACCGGUGCCGGAGUUCAAGGAGCGAGCCUACGACGAGGCAGCCACGGCCCAACAGAUCCUGCUGGACCAUCUGGAGAACCCCGUGGAGGAUCUCAGCUUCGACCUUGGAUCGGUGGAGGGAUGUUCGGCGGAUGGAGAGCGCGAUGACCCGGGACACAACUCGGAGGCCUUUGAAACUAUAGUAAGGGACUACCAACACUUACGGCGCAGCAUUCGUGAAUCCUCCACAACCAAGGCGGCCCAGUCGGUCACCAAAAAGCCAGCACUUCCAGAGGGCGAAUCCAAGCCCCAGGAUUUGGCCAAGGUUUUUGCCGAACUAAGAGAUCUUUUCAACGUUAAAGUGCCCGAUGAGAAGGAAAAGAUUCAGGAAAUUUGCACGGAGGCCUGCAAUUUGGCCAAGGCCCAUAAGAAGGGAAAGUCACGUCAUUCAUCGCCAAAAAGAAAAGAGGGCGGAAAUGCCAAAGCUUCAGAGGAUGCCUGCCAAGUCGCAAAACCUAAGAAGCGUCGCUUGAAAAGUAAGCGUCCCUUCAGGUCCAGGUACUACUCCAUGUACAGUCCACGGGUGAGGCCGCAAGUCACUUUGGAUUGCGGAGACAACAAAAAGGUGCCCAGUCAUAUGGGCUGGCUAUGGACAGCCCAUCCACUGGCCUCCAAGCCCGGCUGGCGACCAGGGGCCAUCCGUCGUUCCAUUCGCGGCCUGAUGCGCUACUUCCUCAAGGACUUUCCCGUGGACAGCGUGCCCGUUUCGAAAUACAUGUCGUACUACAACCACAAGAAGUCACCGAAGUCUCAGCCAGGUGAGAAGCCGGAGGAUUUGGUGCAGGUGCCCACGCUGCAUAUAGAAAAGAAGAACGAUGUGUACACCAUCACUUUGCGUCCGCUGAAAGAUCCCAAGACGCUUUCCCGCUCCGCCAAUCCUUAUGUGAGCAUGAAGCCCGUGCAGUUCCGCAUUGUGCAGAAUCCGCUGGUGAAGGAGCUGCGCGACUUGAAGCGCUGUCUCAAGGGCAUGGGCUUCAGCAAGUGCUCCUGCCACAAGCCACUGAUGACCUGCUAUUGCCGCAGCUUCGUGGACAAGAAGAGGCUGCUCUAUCAUGUGCGAAAGGAGUGCGAGCGUCGGCGAAUAGAGUCCUGCGAGGAUGACCUUGUGCUGACGGACACCUCCGACAGCGAGGCGGAGUUCGACUUCGGGGUCACUCCACCGGCCGGGUUGAUGCAUCCGGAGCGACUGAGGAGCACCCAUGUGACGAACACCGCCGUGCAGUACGACGAAAGGGAUUGGAUCAUGCCCAGCCUGUAUCCCCACAUGCCCGAUGCCACAGUUCAGUACGAGAGCUGUGUGAUGGGCGAGCGGCAGAAGCCGUUCAACUGGAUAUAUGGCAAGGGUGUCAUCCAGGAGCAGCCCAAGCCGCCCAAGAUGCGGAACAUUCCGAGGAAGCAGAAGAAAAAGAAGGUAGAGCCUGGUCGCGUGGCUGGAGGUUUUGCUGGGCAGGAGUACCAGGAUUCCUGCAUUUACAGCCGCGUCAACAAUAACUCCGUUCAAACACAUUCCCGGGUGCGCACUGUAGCGCCCAUUCACAGUCCCCCAAAUUACUCUACGGACUCGGAACUCCCGCUGAGUGGCCAUCACAUGAGACUCCUCGAUCAGGCCUCCUAUCCACCCAGUGCUCCACAGCGAGCGGAACCCUGGUCCUAUGAAAAGACCAAGGAAAAGCAGCGCCAAAGAGUAAAAAGGAGAACUAAAAAGCUGGUACGAUUCGAUCCCACCAUCUGUGCUCGCUCCUCCGAUAGUUUUUUCGUCUAGUUUCAUUUAACCGGGUCGCUUAUACAUAUAUAUCCACAUCCCCUACCCCCCAUUUCACAUACGCUUUUAGCCUACCCACCAAUGUUCCGAUUAUAAUCAACCGCGUAAAAUUGUUAGUUUUAAUAAACAGGGAAAUUAGAAAA